CUGUUUGACGAUAUGGGACCAUUCGACGUGCGCCUCCUUCGUAUGGAUAGACAACAAGAUACAAUCUUACGUCCAAAAGCGCUGUUCGAGCUUGAGGAACUCCUGCAGAAAACUAGCGGCGAUGGUUUCCGGAUUCUGUACGUGCCCGAACACCGGAAUCACAAGAAGCUAACGUGAAGCAUAGUUCCUUUUGCCAGGAGUUCUCGUUGUCGCCGUUGAUGUGCUCCAAGGAAGCGAUGCUGACAGUAAUAAAAAAGUGGCAGAUUUCCAGCAUGCUUGUAGAUGUCCUCCUAAAGUUCGGUGAUCAGCCCCAGGUUUUUCAGG